AUGAAUAAUGUGUAUUGCAAGCUUGAAUGCGUCCCAGUCACCGAUGGUGGCGGGGCUGAUGCUCCUCUCUGUGAAAAUCUGAGGCAGAAAACGUCUCUGGAACAUAUUGAAAGUGUUCAUAAAUCACACCCACCCUCAGACCCUGAGAGUGUGCGAUGUUUGAUGUGUGUAGACCCCGGUUCAGACGCAGCCGUGAUGACAUCGCCGCCUCAUGUCGGCCUGAACGACAGAACACUUGGACCACCCACACAGGCCUACGUAAGCCGCCCUCUGACUCUGAAGGCUGAGGCGCGGAGUCCCGUCUGCUGA